AUGCCUGAGAUGGACGGCUCCUCCGCCAAACCCCCCCAAAUCUCCGAAAUGUUCCAGAAAUUCGCCCUCGCUUUCAAGACCAAGACCUUCGAAUUCUUCUCCGACGAAAACGCUUCUCCCCUAGACGACAUCGACGGUUUCUCCCUCCUCGACUCCGCGGAAGAGAUCAUCCCAGACCAAAAAGUCGUCGUCAUCAAACCCGACCCCGAUCCAUCCCAUAAUUUCUCCCUGCCGCCGCACUCUCCGCCUCCACUGCCCCCGCCGGAAUCUCCAACCCCGUCGCCGCAGAUCACUCCUCCGGCCCCCGAAUCUCGCGAGCCCGAACCGACGCCGGCGUUAACCGAAGCUCAGAUCAAAGAAAUGACUGACGCCUUGAUCUCUUCGGUCUUCGCUGCCGUCUCCGCCUUCGAAGCCUCCUACUUUCAGCUCCAGAGCGCGCACGUGCCGUUCGUGGAGGAGCACGUGACCAGCGCGGACAAGGUUCUGGUUUCGCAUCUCCAGAGGCUUUCGGAGCUGAAGAAAUUCUACCUCGCUCCCGAGCCUCGCGGUUUUCCGUUUGGGUCGUGUUUGGAAGCCGAGGUGGAAGAGAAUCAGAGCAAAUUGAGAACCCUCGGCACUGUCUCGAACCGCUUGCAAUGGGAGCUGGAGCAGAAGCACGACGAGGUGGUAGCCCUUAGAGCCAAACUCGACGAGUUUCACAGGGGUAACGUGAUUUUGUCUAAGAAGCUUUGUGCUAGCGCUUUGAACCCCUCUUCUGAUGUUUUGUUAACUGUUAAGGUGUUCGAUUCAUUGUUGCACGAUACUUCUAGAGCGACGCAUAGGUUUACCAAGAUUUUAAUUGGCUUGAUGAGGAAAGCAGGGUGGGAUUUGGGCUUAGCUGCCAACGCGGUUCAUCCCAAUGUUGAUUAUGCCAAGAAAGGUCACAACCAGUACGCGCUUUUGUCCUACGUUUGUUUGGGGAUUUUUCAUGGUUUUGACUCCUUAAAUUUUGGAAUGGAAGAAACAGUGUCCAAUGGACACUUUUGUUCGGAUGUGGACAAAAGAGAUGGUUGUUUGAAGCAACUGCUUGAGCAUGUGUCUAGCAAUCCCAUGGAUUUGUUGGGCAUUCACCCUGGUUGUGAGUUUUCGCGAUUUUGCGAGCACAAGUAUGAGAGGCUCAUCCAUCCAUCGAUGGAGUCGUCCAUUUUUGUCAAUUUGGAAGAGAAGGAGGCUGUGUUGAACUCGUGGCGAUCCUUGAGUAUGUUCUAUGAGUCCUUUGUUGGAAUGGCGAGUGCCGUUUGGACACUGCACAAGUUGUCCAACACGUUUGAACCUGCAGUUGAGAUUUUUCAAGUGGAAAGAGGUGUGGAGUUUUCUAUGAUAUACAUGGAAGAUGUGACAAAAAGGUUGACCUGGCCAAACAAGGGCAGGGCCAAGGUGGGAUUCACUGUGCUUCCUGGUUUCAAAAUCGGCAGGGUAGUUAUUCAAUCGCAGGUUUACGUAAGUAAUUUCAGAUGUACAGAGUACCAUAACCAGGGUUCUUGA